GUUAUCAUUUCUACAAUAUACAGUGACGAGGCCAAUGCAUAUUGCACAGGAAGAAGUACGUUCAUCUUCACUAAGAAGAAAGUUUCGUAAACGUUCGAAACCUUCCCUGGACAGCGUCACGGUCUUCUUGAAAUUCAAAGGCGGUUUUUGUUUACGCAAUAUCAGCAAAAUGUUGCUACUCAGAGCUUCCUUUGACCAGCCACACCGUAAUUCGAACUCAACAGACUUACACGUACUUGAUUGUUGACAGCGAGCGCGAGUGAAAGUUCGGAAGGUUUUCCAUCCCUAUUCCCUCUCUCUCUAUUCAGGUGCACUCGUCAACCCUCAUUAUACCCGCCCUAUUCCCCUCCAUGCAUAACCCUUCCUCAGAGCGAAGAACUUCACUGAAAAAAUAGAUAAGAUGAGCCAUAAAGGACCCCGGGCGAAGUUGUCCUCCAGAGAGGUGGACACGGCGAGGGUGACCACGAGGAGCGGCGCUUCUAAUCGACAAGAUCCUGCUGUCAGCUUGCCACCCUCUCCCCAGCCGACCACAUCCUACCAUGAACAUGCUGCUCAGGCUUCCAUCUCCGGCAAGGAAUUAGCAGCCCAGUCUCUCCCUUCUAGGCGAGACCCAGCCACGAAAAAGUUAUAUGAUAUCACGGAGCCUUUUUCAGACCCAGUAAAGGAAAGGAGGAGAAUUAACGCGAUCACAGCCAAAGAAAACAGAGACAGGAAAAAAAAGGAAACUGAUCGAAUGUGUCAACAGAUCAAAUGUCUCACCCUCGUGAACAAACAGUGUACGGUGGCAUUAAAGCGACAUGAAGCGGAAAUACAGAAGCUCGAUGCAAAGCUGAAGGCUUCACAGCGACGCAACGAGCACCUUCAGAAGAGCAUCGAGCAGAAGGAGAAGGAUCUCCGAGACCAUCGCGAGAAAUUCCUGCUGUUCCACAGCCACCUCGAGCUCAUCGCCAGCAUCAUCGACGAAAACAACCCAGCCAAGAAGCUAAUCGCAGGGCUUUUGAAAUCGCAGUUGAUGCCAUACAGCUUGUCUUCCUGAGAUAACAGCCCCAAGUUGAAUAAUGUACGAUUGUUUUUUCUCUCUACUGAAUUAGUCAGUCGUGUAAUUUACAUAUAAAAUUGUGGAGAAAGAGGCAAGAACUCCAUGGCUAUUUGGGGAGGACAGAUAUAUGCUGUCAGUCAAAUCAUCUUUUAAAAUGAUAGGCUCUUAUCAUGACGAAGAUGAUAUUGAACAUGUGAACUGCAAAGUGAAAUGUGGAAAAAAAAA